AUGGAGAAGGUGAAGCCGGAGGAGGAGGGGACGAGCCCCGGGGAGCUCUGCCUGGGGGGGCUGCCGGAGGAGCCCCCCGCCCGCCCGGCCUGGAGCAGCAAGGCUGAAUACAUCCUGGCGCAGGUCGGCUUCUCCGUGGGGCUUGGCAACGUCUGGCGCUUCCCCUACCUGUGCCACCAGAACGGGGGAGGAGCCUUCAUCCUCCUCUACCUCCUGAUCCUCCUGGUGGUGGGGAUCCCCCUCUUCUUCCUGGAGCUGGCGGCCGGGCAGAGCAUCCGCCAGGGCAGCAUCGGGGUCUGGCAGCACUUCAGCCCCCGCCUGGUCGGCAUCGGCUUCGCCAGCUGCGUGGUCUGCGGGUUCGUUUCUCUCUAUUACAACGUGAUCAUAGCCUGGAGCCUCUUCUACCUCGGUAAUUCCUUCCGCGCCACCCUGCCCUGGGCCAGCUGCCCCCUCGGUGCCAACCACAGCCAGCCAGAACCCGAAUGUGCCCAGAGCUCCCCCACCACCUACUUCUGGUACCGGAAGGCGCUGGACGUGAGCGAGUCGAUCGGUGUCAGCGGGGGGGUGAACUGGGCCCUGGCCGGCUGCCUGCUGGGCGCCUGGGCCCUGGUCUGCGGCGCCCUCAUCCGGGGCAUCAAGUCCUCGGGCAAGGUGCUGUAUUUCAGCUCCCUCUUCCCCUAUGUGGUGCUGCUCUGCUUCCUGGUGCGGGGGCUGCUGCUGGACGGGGCGGCCGACGGCGUCCGCAUCAUGUUCACCCCCCAGCUGGCAGUCUGGGGCGACAUGCAGGUCUGGCGCCAGGCGGCCACCCAGGUCUUCUUCUCGCUGGGGCUGGGCUUCGGGAGCGUCAUCGCCUACUCCAGCUACAACCCACGGCACAACGACUGCCACGCCGACGGGCUGCUGGUGGCCGGCAUCAACUUCCUCACCUCGCUGCUGGCCACGCUGGUCGUCUUCGCUGUGCUGGGCUUCCGGGCCACCACCGUCGCCAGGGCCUGCGUGGCAAGGAACAUGGAGAUGCUGGCCCAGCUGUUGGGGACCGGGGCCCUGCCCACGCUGGAGCUGCCCACCCUGGACCCGGCGGCACUGUCCCCACCGCAGUACAGCGCCUGGUACCACAGGCUGCCCGCCGAGCUGGGCACCGCGCUGCAGGGACACGGUGUCACCGACUGCCGGCUGGAGGACGAGAUGAACAAGGGCGUGGAGGGCACCGGCCUGGCCUUCAUCACCUUCACGGAGGCCAUGACCCUGUUCCCGGCCUCCCCGUUCUGGUCCGUCCUCUUCUUCCUCAUGCUGCUGAACCUGGGAUUGAGCACCAUGCUGGGCAACAUGCAGGGCAUCCUCACCCCCCUGCUGGACCGCUACCCCCCCCUGCAGCGCCGCGCCACCGUCUUCACCGUGCUGUGCUGCGCCGGCGGGUUCCUGCUGGGGUUGAUGUUCGUGCAGGGCUCGGGCAGCUACUUCGUUGCCAUGUUUGACGACUACUCGGCCACCCUGCCCCUGGUGGCCGUCGUGGCCUGCGAGGCCAUCUCCGUGGCCUGGGUCUACGGGACAGACAGGUUCCUGGCGGAGGUGGAGGACAUGCUGGGCUGGCGGCCCUGGCGGAGGGGCUGGCGGCCCUGGCGGCUCUAUGGCUACAUGUGGCGUUACGGCAGCCUGCUGGCCAUGCUGGGGUUGCUGCUGGCCAGCCUGGGGCAGAUCUGCCGCAGCGCCCCCACCUACCAGGCCUGGGACCAGGCGCAGGCGGAGGAGACGCGGGUGCCGUACCCACCCUGGGCGCUGGCCAUGCUGAUCUUGCUCAUCGUCCUGGCCACCCUGCCCAUCCCCGCGCUCUACAUCCGGCAGCUGGCGUGGGAGUGGCAGGCGCGGCGCCGCCAGCAGGGGGCGCUCCCCAGAGCACAGCCGGAGGAGGAGGAGGUGGAGAGCCCGGCUGACCCCGAGUGCUCGGCCAACGGGUACCUGCCCGUCCGCACCCAGGAGCCCCCCAGGGGGGGAGAAGAGGCUGGGGCCUCCCUACUGGGGGGGGCAAAGUAA